UCACAAUCUGGUUGCUGAUUAAGCAUAAUGAUUUACUGGAACAGAAUCGAUGACAAUAUGGAUGAAUCAUUAGGUAAUGUGGAUGGAGCACAUAAUGCCCAUCUGAGGCACCUUAACCGAAUUUCCUCAAACCGGUGGCUCAUGAUCAAGGGGGUGGCAAGAGUACAUGCGUGAUGUUUUGAUUAUCAAGAAGGGAACUGCAUGUCGGUUAGGUCGGGAAACUGCAGAGCGUUUUAUUACUCGCUUAAAAAGCAUUGGGAAAGGAGCUCCAGUUUCUUCCAACGGAUAAUUCUCCUCCUCUCGAGAUUUUUUCCCCCUACGAUAAGAACCACCAAGACUAAUCACCCAAAAAAUCUGUAAAACAAAACAAAAAAUAUCAAAGAGAAUUUUUCAAAAUUCUUCUUUCUAAAAGCUGAAAUGGAAUCUGGGUUUUGAUCGGAGAACCUAAAGGUUUCAACUUCGAAUCUCUUCGCUUUCGGACAUGAAUCUCGCAGCUGGCUUUCGCGGCAGUGUCGGCAUCUUGUCGCAAUGCAGUUUAUGUUGCGGCAUUAAGUUUCAGCCUUUCGUAGCAGCUACUUCUCAUCUCGAUUUCGUUCAGACGAGAAACCCUCGAAGGAAGAAUCUGAAGCUCUUCAGGAUUCACAGAAACAGAGAAGUCAUUUGUAGAGCAACCGACACGCAGACAGAACCUGAUGGCAAUAACGACAAGGAAAAUGCAGAAGACAAAGAAGCUUCAGCAGAUGAUUCUCCUUCACAGAAUACCACUGACUUAAAUCCUCAGCCUACAGUUGUGGAUGAAACAAUGAGUAAUGAAGUUGAAAACAAAGCUCAAGCCAGCUUUCAGGAUGGCGAUAACUUAGAAGUUAGCAGUGGUUCUCCCCUGCCUGGCGUUAACCCACAGCAGUUGGAUGAAUCCAUGAGGAUCCCCAAGCAAACCAUCGAUAUCCUCAAGGACCAAGUAUUCGGGUUUGACACGUUUUUCGUGACGAGCCAGGAACCGUAUGAGGGUGGAGUAUUGUUCAAAGGAAAUCUUCGAGGACAACCGGCUAAAAGUUACGAGAAGAUAAAGACGAGGAUGGAGAAUAAAUUCGGCGAUCAGUACAAGGUUUUCCUUCUUGUCAAUCUUGAAGAUGACAAACCCGUGGCAGUAGUUGUUCCAAAGGUUACCUUGCAACCAGAGACAACGGCCGUUCCCGAGUGGUUUGCGGCUGGCGCCUUUGGAACCGUGACUCUGUUUACGUUGCUUCUCCGUAACGUUCCUGUGUUGCAAUCAAACUUGCUAUCGACGUUUGACAACCUCAACCUCUUAUCUGAAGGCUUAUCUGGAGCCCUGGUCACCGCUCUCAUCCUCGGAGCACACGAACUUGCCCACGUUUUGGUUGCGAACAAUGCGGGGAUAAAGCUCGGUGUUCCAUACUUUGUUCCUAGUUGGCAAAUAGGCUCGUUUGGUGCGAUAACGAGAAUAAGAAACAUCGUGCCCAAGAGAGAAGAUCUGCUAAAGGUGGCAGCAGCAGGACCUUUGGCCGGAUUUUCUUUGGGUCUGGCUCUGUUCCUUCUAGGCUUCAUCAUCCCCCCUGCCGACGGCCUUGGUGUCGUGGUCGAUCCCUCUGUGUUCCACGAAUCUUUACUCGUCGGAGGCAUCGCGAAGGUGCUGCUAGGGGAUGUGCUGAAAGAGGGAAGUCCGAUAUCCGUAAACCCACUGGUGAUAUGGAACGCCAUUAACAGCAUUCCUGCCGGAGAGCUCGACGGCGGCAGAAUCGCCUUCUCCAUUUGGGGUAGAAAGACGUCGACGAGGCUGACGGGGCUGAGCAUAGUGGUGCUGGGGCUGGCGUCGCUGUUCAACGACGUGGCGUUCUACUGGGUGUUUCUGAUAUUCUUUCUGCAGAGAGGUCCCAUCGCUCCGCUAGAGGAAGAGAUCACCGACCCUCGUCCCCGCUCCGUGGCCUUGGGCGUCGGGGUUUUGCUCCUCGCCCUCCUCGUCUGCCUCCCUUACCCUCUCCCUUUCGCCGCCGACGCCGUUAUCGCCUUCUGAUAGCCAAAUUUUGUAAUUGUUUAUUUUUAAUACAAGAGAAAUCAAACCAUUCUCCAUUUAUUGUUCUGUUUUAAAACAUAUAUAUAUAUAUUUCUUUCGAAGA